CAGUAGAGUGAGUGAAUAGUGUAGAGAUGCUGGGUGGGGCGGGUGCUGCACUCUGUGAGGGUGAUCAGAGGGGAGUCACUCUGCUGUACUGUACUGUUCUCUUCUACAUCUCUCCCACUGACUGGAGGAUCCAGGGGGUUAUGGCACAGAGCUGACCUGCUGCAGCCGGGCUGAGAGCUGCUGUGUUUACACAGGAGAAAGUGGAGGAAAGUGGAGAAGACGAGGAGAAAGAUGCAGUCAGACCACCAGAGUGAUGAUGCUUCUUCAGCUCAGAACAGGAGGAGCCCUGGACCUGUUCGAACAUCUCCCUCAGUCUGCUGGAGUGUUAUAACAGCAGUAUAGCGAGGAGACCCCCCUCUCUCUCUCUGCUCCAGUGGAUGGAGUUGGUAACUGUGGAGUCUCGCCAUGCCUUCUCUCCACCACGGGGCCAUCUUUAUCGGAGUCUUCCUCAUAGUCACCGGCGGCUCCACCGCCUUCCUCACGUCCAGUCAGAACCGGCUGCAGGCGUUCAGCCUGUGCUGUGUGGUGCUGGGGGCGGUCAUGCUCAUCCUGGGGCUCUUCUGGGCCAUGAACGGCAAGACCAACCCCGCCACCUACACCGCAGACUACACCCACGACUACAGCCACGUCCUCUUUACCCCUCCGAACGGGAACCGCUUCCCAGAGUCCCAGUCCGUCUACCUCCACAGAACUUUGGAAAGGCAAAGGCGAGGGAUGUACAGUGAGGACUUCGACUACCCUCCAAUGGAGAACACUUGCUUCAGCCCAUCUGGACGAGGGCAGCCCCCUCACUGGGAGAUGGACCCGCCGCCUCCCUAUGAAGUAGCCAUCAAAACCACAUGUAGCUCCACACAUCUGAGACGCAGCUACUCAGACACCCUGCUGCCUACUGAACCGCUCUUCAACCGCUCCCGUGAGAUCAGCUUUGAGGUGUAAAUUGAUGCCCUGACCCUGCCCCUCACUGCCAGCACUGACCAGCACUGAGGAACACACCUUAACUGUCUAACCCCAAGUCUACUUACUUCUCAAGCACUUUGUGUUAGGACUACGUUUCUUUUUUAUUAUUAUUAUAAAUUUCUGCUCAGUCUGACCCAUUGUAUUCUAAUUCAUGCAGUGAAAAAUUUAAGUCAUUAAUGUCCAUAUCUGGAUAUGAUUCAACCGUGUGCUUUCUGUGAGCUUGAAAUUAGAAAACAAAUAUUUAGAUUUAUUUGUUUAUAAAAGUAUGAAAUUUAAUUGUAAUAGAAAGUAACUUUUAACCAUGAAAUUACAUCAUCAAUCUAGUUAAUGCAACUAGAAGGAGUUUAAAAUAAGUUUGAAGAAGUAUCAGACUAAAUAUAGUCCUCGAACUGCACAGCCCUGUCAUUGGUUGCUGGUUCAAUACUCUGUAAUGCCACAGCACAGCUGGCCUUGCUCUCCCUCUCUCUCUCUCUCUCUCUCUCUCUCUCUCUCUCUCUCUCUCCGUGGGUAGACUGGGACUCCCUCUCACUCCAUUACUCAGUGUGAUGCAAACCAUUGCAGGCAUCUGUUAAAAGAUGUAAUAAAAUUGGCAGUUAGUGUUCACCUCCAAGCGCAAUGAGCUGUCUAAUGACAUUGCAUUAGUGGUAGUUCCUCUCUGCACUGGUGGCUUCAUGUGAUAGGAGCGUUUCAUAGAUGGACCAUGGGAAUUAGAAAUGUCUGAAUUGGGGAAAAUGGACACAAAUGGGUUUAUGAUCUUUGGUAAUGCUCAUGUUCUGAACUGUAAAAGCUACAAAGCUCUCUCCCUAUGCAGCUUCUGAUUAACUUCUGAUUAAACAAGUUACUGAGAAUAUUCUAGCAAUAUACUUAAUAUACUUUAUCAAUUUAUUUACAGAUUACAUCCAAAGUAGUAUGCAUGAGUCACAGCCUCAACUUAAAUGGUUUAUCAAGCACAAUUGAGAUUUGGUUGAGCAGUUCAUGAGAGACAUACAAGAUGACUUCUAUGGAUCAGCAAACGAUAAUGUUCUUGCAUUCGCUUGCACAGGGUGAACUAAGCACCAGCCUUACCAUACUAGAUUAAAAAAUGUUUGGUAUUGGAAAGUUUUAAUAGUCUUAGUGGCAAAGCCAUUUGGCACUGAGCUGAAAAUGUCAUCAAUGUCUCAGACGGGUCAACCGAAACCUAGCAAGGUGAAUGGUGGGAAUGUGCAAGGUAAUGAACCAGUAAAUAAAAAAAUAGAAAAAGAAAAAAUAUAUACAUUUUUGUUUAGAAUAAUACAAUUUGCUGCUUUUUACCUUUUCUGGCUUUUAGUUGCAUUGAACUGGUCUGCUGACAUGGUGACGAGGCCCCUGCCACAGAAUUGUCUUGUCUUUUCUAGAGAACUGACAGGCACUGCUUGAAACACAUCAGGGCAAAAGCAAUCCAAUGUACAAUUAGGUUUGUCAGAAAUGGCUUCCCCCCUGAAGGAAAUGGACUUGGAAACUCUGAUUUGCGAUGUAAUGUAAGUGUAGACCAGUGUUUGUUAAUGGAAAGCAUUGCUGAUCUAAAAUGACCACAGUGCAUUACCAGGUUUUAUAUUACUCUGAGGACAACAUGUUUUUAGAGAUUGCUUCCUCUGACUCCACCAAAGUGAUAUUAAAAUGAUGUGCCUCUAUUAUCAAACACACUAUGCAUUUCCUUUGCAGAGAAUAAACAAUGUGUUUGGUGCAUGUAACCAAAGAAUCUGUUAUUGGCAGGAAUUGUUUUUUUAA